GGGCAACUGAUAAUUUUUUACAGAUCAUUGAUUUUUAUAUAUAAACUAUUGGUUAUUGUCGAUUUUGUAUCAGUUGUGUGCAACAAUUCUAAAGUAAAACAAUUAUAAUGAAUACUUUUACUGUAACUCUUGUCUUAGUCAUUGUGGGUGCAGCAUUUGCAACUCACCAUCAUGAUCACCAUGUUCCUGCUCAUUACAAAUUCGAGUAUGGAGUCCACGACCCUCACACUCAUGACAUUAAAUCCCAGCACGAGCACAGAGACGGUCAUAACGUAAAAGGAGGAUACACCUUGAAAGAAGCUGAUGGUACUACUCGUGUUGUCGAGUACGUUGCGGAUCACAAAGGAGGUUUCCAAGCUAUUGUCAAACGUAUUGGUCAUGCUCAACACCCGGCUCACUAUGGUCACGGUCAUCACGGUCAUCAUGGAGGCGUUGGUGGUACUAGUUGGGUUGGAGUCACUCAUUAUGGAUAUCAAGGACACCACUAAAUUGUUAUAAAAUAAUUUUUUGAUUGUUAAG